AUCGGAGGAGUUGAAAUCCAUACUCUACGAUCUCUACGAGCUGAGAGGUCGUGCUCAUCGCCGGGGCAGCCAAUAAUCCCCAAGGACUAUCUGUCCACCCUCAGCUUGAACAUCAUCAGCCGGAUGGUGCUGGGGAAGAAUUACCUCCAGCAGAGUAAUGACAUUGUGAGCCCCGGCGAAUUCAAGAAAAUGAUAGACGAGUGGUUCGUGCUCAACGGGGUGCUCGAUAUCGGGGACUCAAUCCCGUGGAUCGCUUUCAUGGACGUGCAAGGGAAUGUCAAGAGGAUGAAGGCUUUGGGCCAGAAGUUUGACAUGUUUCUAGAGCAUGUUCUUGAGGACCAUAUUGAUCGAAUGGUGGCCGAGGGGGACAAAUUUGUGGCUAUGGACAUGGUGGAUGUUUUGCUCCAAGUUGCAGAUGAUCCCAAUAAUGAGGUUAAGAUUGGGAGGGAUGGAGUCAAGGGCUUCACACAGCUUUUCUCUCUAGCCAUGUCGCGGCGACGAGGAAGGCCAAUGAAGAAGAUAACUCCGAGCAAUACCCCUGCAACAGGGCAAAAAUUCCCUGAUGUCGGGAAUUCGAAGAAUAACGAUCAAUCGAAUGGAGCGAAAGAUGAGGAGAUCUCGAGCCCAAACCCUGGAGAGAAUGAUGGUGAAGAUCUGGUUACACCACUGGUAGAUGCAGACGCACCUGAGCAAAAGAAAUCUGGGCCCCACACCUAUGCUGAAGCUGUGGCAGGGAUUGCAGACAUGGAAACAAAUCUUCAAUUCAUUCCUGCAGUUGAGGUAAACGGAACAUUGGUUGCUCAAUUUACUACAGAAGAUGUGAUUGAACCCACAGAUUAUUGGAAAUCUACUGUUGUUUGCUGUGUGUUGGGGGCUAAUCCCCCUCUUGAGGUCUUUAAAGGCUUUGUCAACCGACUUUGGAAACCUUAUCCAAUAGAUGCUGUUGAUGUUCUAAAGGAAGGGCAGUUUAUUAUCUCUUUCACUAAGGAGGAAGAUAUGAAGGAAAUAAUAAAAAGGAAAUACUACUAUUUUGAUAAUAAGCCAGUCCUAGUACAACAAUGGAAGCCAGGGAAAAAAGUAGUUAUUGAGGAUCUGUCUGACAUCCCAAUAUGGGUUCAAUUACCUGAUCUGGAUCUGAAAUACUGGAGCUUAUCUGGGCUGAGCAAACUGGGCAGCUUGAUUGGCACACCAAUCAAAAGAGACAGGGCUACUGCAAAGAAAUCUAAGUAUGCAUAUGCCAGAAUUCAAGUGGAAGUCAGAGUUCAUCAGAAUUUCCCCAAUGAGGUGGUCUUUAUUGAUGAAACUGGUAGAGCAAUUUCCCAGAAGAUUGAAUAUGAAUGGUAUCCUUGCAUCUGCUCUCACUGUAACAGGAUGGGGCAUCUACAGGAUUCCUGUAGGAGAAAGGAACCCAGGAAGAAGGAUGCCAAGCCUAGGCGGAUGAUGUGGAAGCCAAAAUCCAAAGAUAUCCCUGACCAGGAAAAUAAAGAGGAAAAUAGGGAGGAUGAAAAAGUUGAAGAGAACCCAAUAAUGCAAACACCAGAGGAAGGGGGUUUGGUUAAUGAUGAACCAAGUGACUUUAACAGUGUGUUGGAGCUGGAUGAUAGGAUUGGUGGGAAUCCAGUAACUAGUGAAGAAACUUCAGAUUUCAAGAAUUGUGUUCAAAAUUGUGGCUUGGAAGAAAUUCCCAGUGAAGGUUCCAAAUAUACCUGGUCUAAUAGACAAGGUCCUGGUAAGAGAAUCUACUCAAAGAUUGACAGGGCACUUGCUAACAUUGACUGGUUCAACUGUUUUAACACAAAAAUCUUGAUAAAGGAAGAAGGGCUGUCAGACCACUCCCCACUCCUCAUGAGGGAAAUUCACUCUGGAAAGGGUAACUUCCCCUUUAAAUUCUGCAAUAUGUGGCUCUUAGAUCCUAUCUUUCCUACACUAAUUAAGACUGUUUGGCAACAAAGGAGGGAGGGGAGAUAUAUGCAUCAGUUAGUCUGCAAACUAAAGGACCUGAAACCAGAUUUGAGGAGAUUGAACAAGGAUAAAUUCUCACACAUUUAUCAGCAAUGCAAUCUACUAAGGGAACAACUUUUCCAGAUCCAAGAGGCUAUCAAGGGGAAUGCAGGGAGUGAUCUGAUUACUAAAGAACUGGAAACUAUCAAAGAAUUGAACUGGAGGUUGAAGGCUGCCAGACUAAUGAAGCUCCAGCAAGUUAAACAAGAAUGGGUCCAAGAGGGGGACACAGAUUCCAGAUUAUUUCAUGCUUGGGUUAAAAAAAGGAGACUCAAAAAUCAUAUUAGCUUUAUCCACAACUCAUCAGGACAAGUGGUUGAAAAGAAAUCUGAAAUUGCACAAGUAGUGGUGGACUACUUCCAGAAAAUGAUUGGGGUUACUGAGUGGACAAAGGAUAUUCAAAAUAACAUUAUUGGGGAGGGGAGAGUCCUGUCAGUGGAACAACAAAUCCAACUCAUAGCACCUAUUUCAGCUGAAGAUGUAAAGAAGCAUUUAUUUGACAUCCCUCCAUGUAAAAGUCUUGGGCCUGAUGGCUUUAAUAGUGGCUUCUUUAAGCACCAAUGGCACCUGGUUGGAGACCUUGUUACUAAAGCUGUAUUGGAAUUUUUUAAGGAUGGUGUAACCCUCCAGCAAAUUAACCAUACCAAUAUCUGCCUAAUCCCUAAGGCUGAACCUCAGUCUAUUGAGUGUAUUCUGGCUAGCCUUAAGGAAUUUAAGGAAACAACUGGCCUGAUGCUUAAUUAUGACAAGUCUCAAGUGUACUUAGGGGGAGUUUCUGAGGAUGAGAGUCAAAGUAUAAUUGAGAGAACAAAUAUGUCUAGAGGGACCUUUCCCUUUAGAUAUCUGGGAGGGCCUAUCUCUGCAGCUCGUAUUAGUGAAAGGGAAUGUGACAAACUUGUUGAGAAACUCACUACGCAGAUUACAUCCUGGACCACUAAGCACCUAUCCUAUGCAGGAAGAGCUAGAUUGAUAAACACUGUUCUAUAUGGGGUUAUCUUUUUCUGGUGCAGAAUUUUCCUUCUCCCUGAUAAUGUUAUGAAGAAGAUAAUGGCUUUAUGUAGGAACUUCCUUUGGAGCUCUACCCCUGAUUAUAAAAAAUGUCCCCUCGUUAGUUGGGAUGAAGUCUGUUUGCCUAAACAAGAAGGUGGACUAGGUCUGAAAAAUUUGCUGAAAUGGAACCAGGCAUGUCUCAUGAAGCUCUUAUGGGAUAUUGCCAAUAAAAAAGAUACCCUAUGGGUUAAAUGGAUCCACAAUAAGUAUCUUAAGGGAUCAUCUGUGUGGGACUACACUACUAAACCCGAUGACUGUUAUUACUGGAAGAAGUUGGUUCAAACAAGGUGCCUGUUUAUGGGAAUGAAUAUGACCAGCUGCUACACUGUCAAGGAGGGAUAUAGUUGGCUUGUAGGCAGCAACCCAAAAGUGGAGUGGUUUGAUAUGGUUUGGAACAAAUGGACUAUACCUAAACACUGCUUCAUAACUUGGCUUAUAUGGAGAGGUAGAUUACUCACCAAGGAUCGUUUAAGCAGAUUCAUCAAUCUGGAUACUACUUGUGGUCUUUGCAACAAUGGAGUGGAAUCAGUCGAUCAUCUCUUCUGCUCCUGUGCUUUGGCUCGACUGAUCUUGGAGGACAUUUCUCAAUGGAUACAUGUUGAUAUCACAGUUGGGUCGAUUAGAGAACUGGGAAGUAGAGUGGGGAAAGGAAAGAACAGAAAGAGUCGAAGAACUAUAGCUACUUGUAUUGCUGCGAGUUGCUACUUCAUCUGGAAAGCUAGGAAUGACAAACUUCACAAUAAUAGGGAAGCUGCCAAGGAGCACAUUGUACAAGGAAUUAAAGCUGCAGUUACCAUGGCAAUAGGACACAAAGUUAACAUCAAUUCUGUUGCCUUAUAAUUUGUCUUUUGGAUAUUCUUUGAUUAGGUAGUUUUGAGUUGAAAUUUAGAGGGGACCUGAUUUGUAAUGUUUGGUUGGUAUUAAUAUAAUGUGCUUUCGUUC